GUAAAUUGUGGAAUCUAAUUCUGUGUUUUUGAAUUGAUUAAUAACAGAGUGGGAUGGAACUCUUCCACAAAUCCAAGGCGGUUCGGCUACGGAGCCACCACGAUAAGUACCUACUAGCGGAUGAGGACGAAGAAUCGGUGUGCCAAGAACGGAACGGCUCAUCUCGGAAUGCCAGGUGGACCGUCGAGUUCCUCGAUGACCCAAACUUCAUCCGUCUCAAGAGUUGCUAUGGCAAAUACCUCACCGCCUCCAACCAUCCCUUCCUUCUCGGGAUGACCGGUCACAAGGUCCUUCAGACUCUGCCUGCGAGACUGGAUUCCUCUGUGGAGUGGGAGCCCAUCAGGGAAGGCUUCCAGGUGAGGAUGAAGACUCGCCACGAUAACUUCCUGCGUGCAAAUGGGGGUCUCCCUCCCUGGCGAAACUCCAUCACCCAUGAUACACCUCAUAUAAGCAAAACUAAGGAUUGGUUGCUCUGGGACGUCGAUAUCGUCGAGAUUAAAGUCGAUGAUUCUCCAUCUUGUCCAUCUCGUCCAUCCCCAUCCCCAGUGGUUAAACCACAGCAAUAUUCUGAACCAGGUUCUCCAAUUCGUCAACCCCCAGUUGUUAACCAACAACAAUAUUCUGCUCCAGCUUCUCCCAGAUUAUCAAAGAUGGAGUCGAGUGAUUCUCUUAUCUGUUCACCGCCCAAGCCUGAUGGAAGGACAAUCUAUUACAACAUAGCUGAUGAAUAUGGUAAUGUUGAAGAUGACAUCGAGGGUCCCAGUUUAAUUUUCAAGGGAACCAGUGUGGAUGAACUGACCCAGAAGUUGGAGGAAGAGACUGGGCUUCAAGGUAUCACCGUCUGUUCUCGUAGUAUCUUGAAUGACAAACUUUACCCACUUCGCUUGCAUCUUCCGCCCAAUAAUUCCACCAUGCAUGUAGUUGUGGUUCAACCCUCUUCAAAAGCUGCGAGAGAUUUGAAGCGGCCAGGGGACCCCACUAUAACAUGAGCAAACCCUGACAUUAUAUCUGUGUAUAAAA